AUGACCAAGGGCAAAGGGCACAAUGGAAGAGGACAUGCGACAGGCAGGCAUUCGGAUGGUGGAGGACAGAAUUCUAUGGCAACAGACGUUAAAGCAGGCCAAGGAUCACUUCGGUCUGUAGUGCCAGAAGAAGAAGACAUACUGACUAUGCUUAUUUUCAAUAAAAAGAAACUCGUGUUGGCUCAGCACCUGGCUUGUGGACCUCUUACCACAGCCCAACAAAAAGGAAAAACUUCAGUAUCGACAUAAACAUGUCCAUUAGACAUAUGGAGGUUGUGUAAAGUUCUGUUAACGAUAAGGUGAAAGUUAAUCUCAAUUAGAGAUGCUGAGGAGAAAGGAAUGCUCUAUGCUGUAUGCUGAUAAUUGAGGAACAUGUAAUGCCAUUUCCUCUCUACAUCAGCGAGGGGUUCGUGCUAAUGACAGAGCCCUUAGAGUACAUAUUGUGGAUACCUAACUGUAAAUAGGAAUUAAGUAUUUGGUGUGGCCAGCUCAAAGAACGGGUACAAUGGCAGAACCCAGGUCCAAACAACCUUAAUUAAUAGGAAAAAUAUUCUUCAG